CUCGUCACGGCCUCACCCACCGCACCCCCGGCAGCCUCGCCCGACGCCUCCGUCUCCGCCUCCGCUGCCAACUCGUCGUCGCCAUGGCUCAGCCUCCGCUCGAUCGGCCUCCGCCGUCUGCUGCAAGCUAUGCCAUUGCAGCCGCCAUUGUCGCCUUCACCACUGGCUACUUCAUCGGCAAGGCCCGCUCCAUCGGACUGUUCGGCCAGUCACCCGUGGACUAUACUAUGGCAGCCGGCGGUGCGAGCGACGACGACGACGAUGAAGACGGUGACGACUCGGGAUCCGAGGAGUCGGCCCAGGACCUGGGAGAACUUCAGACUUUUGAGGGUAGCACAGAGGAAUGCAAGCUCGUGCUGGUCGUCAGAACUGACCUAGGCAUGACCAAAGGCAAAAUAGCUGCGCAGUGCGGGCAUGCAACUCUUGCGUGCUACAAAUCGUUCUUACGUAUCAACCCCAAGCAUCCCAUCCUCCAGCGCUGGGAAUCUCAAGGCCAAGCCAAGGUGGCACUCAAGGUUGACAGUGAAGACGAAAUGCUCAUGCUUCAGGCCACAGCUGUCAGUUUGGGCUUAUGUGCCCAAGUCAUCCAUGAUGCCGGUCGAACGCAGAUUGCGAGCGGGUCUGCCACUGUCCUUGGCAUAGGACCUGCACCAAAGAGCAAAAUCAAUGAAGUGACCGGGCAUCUCAAGCUAUUGUGAUCACCCAAUACCUCAACACUGGUUGCCGCAACUGCGGAAAGUCGAUCGUCAACGCUUGCGACUGCUUACCAACACUCCCGCAGCACGUCAAUGAAAAUGACUCAGGGUUGCCUAGUGUGUACAUGUUGCUUGCCUAGCAAUGGUCACAGAUCUGCAGAGUUACAAUUGACACCACGAUAGAUCAGUGAACGUCAAUUGUUUCUACGGUCAAUUGCUGGUACGAAGGCUCAAAUACGUGAUGUGGUGUCAUGCAGUACACUUUUCGAGGCAGCGAGGAACGUAUCGCUUUGACGCAGUCUCGUAUAUUUGCGUAGCAUCGACUUUUCUCUGGUGCUGGUCUUGAAUCGCUCGACGGUAUGCUGGGCACAACCACAAUCACCAUGGGCUUCUCCUUUGCACGAACCUUCUACGCACAGUGUGCAAAUGCCAAACCAUUACCAGUGGCGAGACAAUCAAUCUAUUCCGAGCUAUAUAUCGAUUCGGUGAUGGUCGCCUCGGAUAAUGACAGAGAAUGUGACUUCAAACGAGAAGGCUGAUAUUAAUUGCAAAUCUUUUCGAGGAUGAGAAAGAAGUGUUGCCCUGGAAUGACUGUAUGACACUCGUUGAAAGUGAAAGAUUGGUUCGGUGAACGUUGAAUUUCCGUCCCAGUACCACGAGAGAGACACACAUGGUACGGAGGUAGGAGGUGUUGACCGAGAAACAUUGAAGAACAUGCUUCUAGGGCC